UUUUGUUUUGAACGCACCCGAAGAAGACGGGGACACACCGAAAACAUGGCGGCGUCCCAGAAAGACUCGAAACCGGGAAAAGCUCCAAAGAAGGAGUCACAGCCUUUAAUUAUUGCCAAAAAUCCUGCUGAGGAGCAGCGGCUCAAACUGGAGAAGUUAAUGCGUAACCCGGACAAACCGGCCCCGAUACCGGAAAGACUGAAAGAUUGGACACCGCGUUCGGCCCCGGAGUUUGUGCGUGACGUCAUGGGCUCCAGCGCCGGCGCAGGCAGCGGCGAGUUCCACGUCUACAGACACCUGAGGCGGCGCGAGUACCAGAGACAAGAUUUUCUCGACCGGAUGUCUGAAAAGCAAAACCUGGACGAAAGCUAUAAGGAGAAAAUACAGGAGAACCAGCAAGCAGCUGAGGAGAGGACGGCCAAGCGCAGGAAGAAGAGGGAGAAGCUCAAACUGAAAAAGUUGAUGGCCAAGAAAGCCAAACAAAUAAGCAAGAAGCAAGCAGAGUCCGAUAAGGAGGAGGAGGAGGAGGAGUCGGCGAGCGAAGAGGAAGAAAAGGAGGACGAGGAACAGAAAGAUCAGCAGGAUGAUGCUGAAGAGCCCAGCUUUGUCAUGAGCAAGAGGUGACUCCUGAAGAGUCUGAACAGGAAAGACCUGGAUGAAACUGUCAACAUUCUGGACGUUGUUUCUUUUCACGAAUGUUUUGGUUGUCUUUUUUCUUAACUGUACAUACUCUAUUUUUAAUAAACAUUACGAAAAAAACUGUUUACAAAAA